AAACACUCAAGAGUUGGCACUACAUCGUUUGAUGUGUUUAUGAGAAGUUUGGAGUUGAUAUCCCUGACUUAGGUUUAUUAACCAUACUGGGCUGCCACUAUGGUGCUGUGAUCCUUGGUUUUAAGGGAAAAUAAUGGCAGGGAUACUCUUGGUGGCCUGGACAAUGUACCUCAUACUGGCACCUAGUACUUCAAAUGCCUCACCUGCACCCCAAAAUAAAUCCCAUGACUUCAGAAGAAAGCUCUUGGGUUUGGAUAAAUGCAACGCCUGCAUUGGAACAUCGAUUUGCAAGAAGUUUUUCAAGGAUGAAAUAAGGUUUGCAAGAUGGAUGUCUGCUCAGCCUAAUCUCUCCUCAGAAGACUUGCAGUCAUAUGAGGGGAACUACAGUGACAACACAGCAGGCUUGAGACCCGUAGUGCUGUCCCACUUGAUGUCUCCUCUCCUGCAUGAGAUAUCAGACAAUAGCAUUUGCACCUCAGCAGACAAAGGGAAAUCCUGUAGCAUUGAAGCCAUCCUCAGGGCCACCCCACGCUUCCAAAGUUGGGUCCGUUCCAACCUACUGCUUCCCAGCAUGGUGAAGGGCCUGGCCACCCCAAUGCUGCGCUGCCCAUCUCAGAGGCUGCUGGACCGCAUUGUGCGACGCUACUUUGAAGUGAUUGAUGUGGGCAGUAUGCAGAUGAAGCACUUCACUGAAAAGGACAAACUCAGACUUCUUUAUACCCUGGCUGUCAAUCAACAGCCCCUCAUACUGCAGAUGUUUCCAGGAACGGAGGGCUGGCCCUUCCUGCGCUACCAUGGCUCCUGUGGAAGGAUGAUGGUUUGGGCAGGGAGCAGACCUCUAAGGAGCAUGUUUUCCUCUCCACUAGAGCGCCGUGCUGACAUAGCCUACCAGCUCAUUCACAUCACCCAAAGCUUGCGCUCAAACAGCCUCCAGUUCAACCUCUACUACACCAGUGUCUCAGAAGACAUGUUUGGCACCUUGGAUGACAGCAGGGUCUUCAUCAUUGACACCAGUACCAUAGGGAUUAUAGACCUACAGGAAGCAGGAUCUCCACCUGAUGAAGACUUGCAGUCAGAAUAUAUUGAUGUCUUCUCCUGUCUCAGUGGAUCUUGUGCGAGACCUCCGCCAUGCAAGACUGUCCGGGCUGUACAGAGUUUUAUCCUACUUUGCAAACAUGUCCUCCACAACCUAAUUGGCCCUAAUGAUGCACCUUCUGCUCAGCUUCCCAAAGCAGCUGUUAGGGAACUUGCAAUCUGUGCAGACCAAUCUCAAACUGACCAGAGAAUUAUUUGUGCUGUCCAAGCCCUAAAAGACACUCUACGAUCCCUAAGGCCAUGCAGCGCUCUUUAUGGAUACAGAUUGCUACCAGUGGGAGAUGUAUGUGCUUGCAUGCCAAUAAACUGACCUGGUGUCCUGCUGCCUGGGACCUUCAUGUAGAGCUGGACAGUGUUCAUGCCGAGAAUGGUGUGGCCCAGAU